CAGCUGCCUCUGAACUGAUGGCUGCGGAUGCGUUGACGUAUUUUGAUUUUUAUUUAGCAUUGAGUAAUCUGCUGCAGUUUUCCCUUUAAGUUUUGUUCGGUGGUGUGCUAGUGCAUUCUAAAAUGAAAAAGGGAAAUCUUUUUCCCUCUGGGUCGUAGGAUUAUAGGAAAAAACUCUUGUACACGUUUUUAAACAGUGCGUAAUCGGGGCAUUUCACCAUCAGUGAAAAACCAGAGCAUCUCGAAGAUGAGGAAGAAUUAGGAAGCAUAAUAUGGAGUGUGAUGAACAAGCGAAGAAUAUCGGCAGCUGGUGUGGUGCCUCAUCAUCCGUGCCGUAAGAAGAUCAGUGGAAGAGCGAAAACGAAAAACAAAAGAAUAUUUGGUGAACAAAAAGAAAACCGAAAAAACCACGACUGGAGAGCAACUCCAAGUGUACAUACAUAUAGGAGCAUUAUUAUACCAUAGUGGCAGCAUCACGGUUGAAAAGUAUAGGGAGAGACCACGGCAAAGGUGGAAGGCUGUUUACAUAUCUGUGUUAGUCAGGGGGCCAUCUCGUAAAGGUGGACUUUUUUGUUGACCCCAACUCAGAGUUGUUAUACAUACCUAUGUAGAGAGAGUAAAAAAAACGAAAGGACAGAACUAUCGUUUUAAUCAUCGCGUUUCGUGUGCGCAUUUUCAGUUGAACGGUGAGUUCUUUCAUUAUUGUUGCGCUGCCGAGUCUCGGAAUAAUGUUGUCGCGCAAGAGCAAGGAUAAAUCCAUCAAGGAUGGAGUCGUCGGAAAGUACGUCAAGCGGGACACGCCACCGGAGAUUCCGAUAAUUAACGUGUUGACUAGUGAAUCGCAGGGGAAGAAUAAACUGCUUAAGGGCAGAAGAAGUUCACAGCAAGCGUUCGGAGGAAAUGGGAAUGUGGGUCAAAAUAACAACCUCUAUAUGCCCCUUACGCCAACGAACACCAAUGUGAAUAAUGUGCAGAAAUUUGGCAAUAUCAAAGUGACGGCGUCGAUGGGUGGUUUAGGUCACGAGGGAAAGUACACGCCGAGUAGCAAAAUUCCCAACCUGGCGCAGAAAUUUGUAAAUUUAUCGCUACACAACGAUCAGCCUAAUAUUUUGAAUCCUACCACCAGUGUGCUAAUGAAUGCCAAUAUCAAAAAUCAUCCCCUGCAGCAACAGCAGCAGCAGCCAAUGCUAAUACCAACAAAACCUUCGAACCUGAAUCUUGCUGCCACGAUGAACAAUAUGAACGGUAACGAUCGUCAGAACAACAAUAGCCACGGAAACUACGUUGAUAUCGAAACGAUCGACCAAAUUCUAAUGCAGCAAAAUGAGGCAGACAAAGCGGCCAACCAGUACCGAAUCCAGCAGCAGAUUCAGCAAGCUCAACAGCAGCAGCACCUCCAUCAGCAGUACAUUUCGAACUUCGAACGCAAAUAUUCCUACAACCAGCUGCACCACAACGCAAGCAGCAACAACUUUCGAAACGGGUUCGAAAACUACGGUAAUCUGCUGAGAAAUAACAACCCUACUGGAGCAGCUAGCAGUGUUAAUCUUGCGACCAACGAACAGCAGUCACCCUUUGCCCGUCAAUACUCGGCACGCCAGCAGUUGCCAGCCCCAAAAGAUCACUACCACAUUUACGAGAAUCCUACCCAAAUCAAUCGGUCGGAAUCACCAAUCUACAGUAACACCAACUCGGCGACAGCUCUGUAUCAAGGCUACAGUAACAACUCCUCGCAUCAGUCACUUUUCACGAACAUGAACAACACAGCCAGCAACGUAGCAGCGGUUUCGUCUUCCAUCAGUUUUCUCGCAGCUCGCAGCCAGCAACCCCAGCCACAACAACCGCUUUACUCCAACGUGGAAAACAGUGGAAUGACCUACGGGGAAGCUUUGCUCCAUAAUGCUCGCCAUAGUUCCUCGAGUGCCGUACAGCAGCAGCAGCAGCAGCAAGCCACCGCAGAUAACAGCAACGCAACCGUCGAAGAAGAACUUCCACUGCCGCCUGGCUGGUCUGUGGAUUAUACACUUCGUGGCCGCAAGUACUACAUUGACCACAACACCAAGACAACCCACUGGUCCCAUCCGCUGGAACGGGAGGGACUACCGACUGGCUGGGAACGACACGAAUCAGCCCAGCACGGUACCUACUACUACAAUUGCAUCACGGGCCAAGCCCAGGACAGUCAUCCGUACUUGACAUCGUGCUAUUUGCAUCACGCCACCCCGGUAGAGAUACCCCGACCACUGAUUGCGUCGCAUACCCAUUUUACACCGCACAGCGCACUGGUGCCGGCGAAUCCGUACCUGCUGGAAGCGGUCCCCGAGUGGCUCGAGUUUUACGCUAAGUCGUCACCGGAGAACGACCACAAACUCAAGUGGGACAUGUUCCAGCUGCAGCAGCUGGAAGGCAUUGCCGGUAUGCUGACCAAACUGUUUCGCCAGGAGUGCCACAUGAUUGUGGUUAAGUACGAAACGUUGAGGAUAGCAAUCAGAUCGAUGAUGGAGGAGAAAAAACGACUGGCUUAUCUAACCAGCAACGAUUCGAACGCCUAGACAGUUUUCAACCGGUUUCUUUCCGAAAACAAUAAAAAAAAACUACAAUACAGUGAAGAGAUUAUUGUGCUAGCGCCUUACACAAUUUGAUUUUAAACGAUUUGUUAGUGUUUUUUUUACCAUGCUUUCAGUAACGGCUUAAUUUAAUGUUUCAAAAAAAAUGUGAUAUCCAACAAAGUUCCUUGGUAACUAGGAAAGUAUACUAGUGACGUAUUAUGAAGAUCACGAAAGCCCGGAAAUAGCUCUUCAUCCAAUGAUUGACAUAAAUGACAAUAACUAACUUUUACGAUUAUCGUUGUUUCCAAACAUCACAACAGUGUAGUUAUGAAGUGAUUGCAAAGCUAACCCACGAUACGAGGUUCGAACCAAUCACGUAUUUUUGGAAAAUUUUAUAUUUCAUCAAGCAUGUAGCCUGUUAGUAACUAUUAUAGAACAGAAAUUAAAAUCAUGUAUCUACAAGAAAAAAA